CAGCUUUCAGAUACGCGGAUUCAAGAUUGUUUUCUCUUUUCUCCACUUCACUUCACACAGGAGUGUCUGUGUGCUUUGUUACUCAAAUUGAUUUCCGAAACCCAUCUCUUUCUCCACCGACAAAUCAUUUUCUUUUGGUAGACUUCACUUCCGAUUAAUCUCUUUAUAGUCAAUGUGGAUCUAAUCAAGAUCUCAGUUUGAAGCCAGAAAUGGCACAAAUAAAUCUCCCAUUCUCAAAAAGAAACCCUAGACAAUGGAAAUUACUUGAUCUAAUAACAUUUGCAUUAUUUGCAGCAGUAUUUGUAUUCUUUGUUCUUGUUUUUACAUCACUUGGUGAUUCGCUUGCUGCUUCAGGUCGUGAAACACUUGUACUCUCAUCAACAUCUGAUCCUAAACAAAGACAUAAAUUAUUAAAUUUAGUUGAAUCAGGUAAACAUUCAAUCGAAUCAUGUCCAUAUGAAGCUGUUGAUCAUAUGCCAUGUGAAGAUCCCAGAAGGAAUAGUAAACUUAGUCAUGAAAUGAAUUUUUACCGUGAAAGACAUUGUCCAUUGCCUGAAGAAUCUCCUUUGUGUUUGAUUCCUCCUCCUAAGGGUUACAAGAUUUCUGUUCGUUGGCCUGAUAGCUUACAAAAGAUAUGGCACAACAAUGUACCUUUCAAUAAAAUUGCAGACAGGAAGGGUCACCAAGGCUGGAUGAAGGAAGACGGUCAAUAUUUUAUUUUCCCAGGUGGUGGUACAAUGUUCCCAGAUGGAGCCAUAUCAUAUAUUGAAAGACUUGGACAGUACAUUCCUAUAAGCGGAGGAGUGCUGAGGACAGCUUUGGAUAUGGGAUGUGGGGUAGCCAGUUUUGGAGCCUGCCUACUGAAGGAAGACAUUUUAACCCUCUCAUUUGCUCCAAGAGAUUCACAUAAGGCUCAGAUACAGUUUGCUCUGGAGAGGGGAAUACCUGCUAUCGUUGCCAUGCUUGGUACCCGGAGGUUGCCACUUCCUGCAUACUCCCUUGAUCUAGUGCACUGUUCACGAUGUUUGAUCCCUUAUACUGCGUACAAUGCAACAUACUUCGUUGAAGUUGACCGAUUACUUCGGCCUGGGGGAUACUUUGUUGUUUCGGGGCCCCCGGUACAGUGGGCGAAAUUAGAUAAGGAAUGGGCUGAUCUCCAGGCAGUAGCUAGAGCUUUGUGCUAUGAAUUGAUUGUUGUGGAUGGAAACACUGUAAUCUGGAAAAAACCUUCAGCGGACUCAUGCUUUCCCAAUGAAAAUGAGUUUGGUCUUGAACUGUGCAGUGAAUCAGACAACCCAAAUCAUGCAUGGUACCACAAAUUGAAGAACUGUAUCAGUAAAAUACCUUCUUCUGCUGGAGAAUAUUCUGUCGGUACUAUUCCAAACUGGCCAGAGCGUCUGUCGAAACCACCUUCAAGGGCAGCACUUUUGAAAAAUGGGAUUAAUGUGUUUGAAGCUGAUACUCGCCGUUGGCAAAGAAGGGUUUCAUAUUACAAGUCUCUCAACUUGAAGCUAGGGACUCCUGCUGUACGAAACGUCAUGGACAUGAAUGCAUUUUUUGGAGGAUUUGCAGCUUCUCUCUCAUCAGAUCCUGUCUGGGUGAUGAACGUUGUUCCUGCUAGAAAGUCAUCAACACUGGGUGUGAUUUAUGACAGAGGGCUCAUUGGAGUCUACCAUGAUUGGUGUGAGCCUUUCUCUACCUACCCUCGGACUUACGACUUCCUACAUGUUUCCAGCAUUGACUCACUGAUCAAGAACAGAUGUAAUCUGGUAGAUCUGAUGGUAGAGAUGGAUAGGAUUUUGCGUCCAGAGGGAACGGUGGUAAUUCGAGAUUCAGCUGAAGUGAUAGAUAGAGUGAGUCGUAUCGCGGGUGCCAUUAAGUGGACAUCUGUUGUACAUGACAGUGAGCCUGACUCCAGGAGUAGCGAGAAGAUUCUUGUAGCUACCAAGAAACUGUGGAGGCUCUCCUCAUAAUUCCCACUAAUUAAUUCUUUGUAUUUCAUUAAUUAGCUUUUUCUUUUCUUUUCUCUAUUUAUUUUUCUCCAUGUAAGGUUGUAACAUUCAUAUACUUCCCGCUGAAGAAAUCAAGGCAUUAUAGUUUAUUAUCAGUCCAGAAAGGGGAAAAAAAGGUUAAUUUUUUGUUAUCGAUCUCUCUAAAUGACUAAUUUGUUA